AAGGAAAAAAGGUGGGUAAGGAAGUACAACAAAAGAAACUAAAAGCAAGCCAUCUUUUACAAUCCUUUUUCAAAUGGGACAAAGUUCUACCAUCUGGUAGCAAUGCAAACUUGCAACCACAUGAAUCAUUAUGACAGUAUCAUUGUGACUUUUGGACGCUUUCAUCAUCAAAAGAGUCUGGUGACAUCACCAUCAGCAAAAGAUUCAAACACCAGGAGAGUAUUUUACAAUAUCUGAUUUUUUUUUUAUGAAGACCCAAAAAUAUGAUGAUUGGGAAACAUCCUAGGACUUCUAACAUCACGAAAACUAAUGGAGAGAAUGAAUUCUAAGUGGAAAAUGCUGUUAUUAACUUCAUUUGCUUUAUUGCUGAUGUUGAUUAAGCAUCGCUCCCGGUAAAUAUACAAGAUUGUUGAAUCAUCAUCUUUAAUGAUUGGCAGAGUUGACCUAAAAUGCUGAGUUUUGUCCAAAAAAGAAUAAAGAACCACCUAGAGAAGAUAGAUCUCUGCUGGGAAAAUGAAAAAGAACUUCGGCUCUCAGACUGGUUUAAUCCCAAAAAACGUCCUGAUGUGAAAACGACAACUGAUUGGUUUGCGCCGAUCAUCUGGGAAGGAACUUACAACAGACAAGUCCUGGAAAAGUAUUACAAAAGGCUGAACAUUACCAUAGGCUUGGCUGUAUUUGCUACUGGAAAGUUCGUGGAUCAGUACCUGGAACAGUUCCUCCAGUCUGCUAAUAAGCACUUCAUGAUUGGCUACAAUGUUAUCUUUUACAUCUUGAUGGAUGACUUCUCCAAACUACCUCCCAUAGAGUUAGGGCCCCUUCGAACAUUUAAACUAUGUACUGUACUCAAACAACAUGUGUGGAAAGACUUCAAUUACAUAUACAUGAAAAACUUGGAUAUGUACAUCAUAGAACAUAUCCAACAUGAAGUCAACUUUCUCUUCAGUAUGACUGUAAACCAGAUCUUCAAGAAUGACUUUGGGGUGGAAACCCUGGGCAAGUCUGUAGCUCAACUCCAUGCAUGGUGGUAUUUUAGACAUGCUGAAAAUUUCCCCUAUGAGAGAAGACCUAAAUCAGCAGCUUUCAUCCCUUUUGGAGAGGGAGAUUUCUAUUACCAGAGUGCAGUUUUUGGUGGCACACCCCAUGAGGUUUUAGCCUUCAUUAAAGAAUAUCAAAAAGGAGUUACCAGUGACAACAGAAAUGGACUCAAGAGCAUAUAUGAACAUUAUUUAAACAAAUAUUUGUUUAUCAAUAAACCCACUAAGUUGUUAUCACCAGAAUACAAUUGGGAUCCAAAUUUUAGAACUCCCCCACAAAUUAAACAUGUGAAGAUAGCAUGGCAUUCAAAGAGCAUUUGAUGGUUGUAUCAUUAGGUUUAUGGAUUAAUAAGUGAAUCACAAUAAUUCCUCAACUACGAAACAUUAAACGUCUCCGUGUUUUUGGAAACUUACAAAAAUGUGCAAUCUUCCAAAAUAAAUUGUUUUUCUCCUUGCAGUUUUAAACCAUCUAAAUCUACCUAAAUUGGAGUAAGAAUAAAUGGAUGUUAAUUUAA